ACGCCACCACUUUUUGCGCUCAUCUUUUUCCUGUCCCCCUGUGAUCGCGAUCGCAUCACCAUCACCAUGCUUCCGUCUUCAGAGACCACCUGUUCGUCGGUGAACAUCGUUCACAAGUUCAAGCGACUGUUCAGCAGCCGUAUGUACCUGGCCCUGGCCGUGCUGGCGAUCGCCAACUUCUCCAAUUCGGUCAUCUUCUCUUGCAUCGCGCCAUUUUAUCCAAAAGAGGUAAUCGUUUUCGCUUUUGCCGUUUUCUAA